AUGAGCGACGUCGGUCUGUCUGAAUGGGAUUGGAGUGAAUCCAAAUUACUAUCACGAGCCGGUACCAGAUACAUCACCAAGAUAUCCCAUGUGGAAACCUACAAUCCUCACGACACAGUCGAGGCAAUCAAUACAUUUCUAGCGUCACAUGAACGUGAGCGGGAAGAUGAUGAUGGGAGUUAUCUCAAAGGAUAUAUCAUUACGGGUCUCGUCGUGCCACUCACGGGCGAGGACCCAACCAGGGACGAUGAACGGUACAGAAAGUUCUUAGUUUUUGAUUCAAACUGUGGAGCGGUAAAACAUCGUAGGAAUACCUCGGAUUAUGCUCAAGAUGGGUGUGAGGUAGUAGAUUGCAUCGGAUGGCAUGUCCAUACAGAUAACAACACUCUGUACGAUGAUGAACAUACCGAAAUAUUCACGAGGGCAAUGAGGGAUCCUACCAUAUUACGAUACAAGUGUAAUGAAGGAGAGUUCAUACCUGGUGAUUAUGUCUUGACUAGCGACGAGAUUACUGAGCUCUUUAGGAUUGAACAAGACGAUUAUCGCAGAGAUAGAACAGGUAGAACGCCUACAAUAAGGUCCAUCUUCUUUUAUAGGCCUGAUCUGACGGGUGUUCCGAGGUUCAAGGAGCAUAGGUACAGGUCUGACCAUCCCCUCUCGACAGAGGAAGAUGCGCAAAGUACUUGCCCGGAACUAGCUACGCAAGCGGAGAACGCGAGGAUUGAAAGAUGGAGAGUGGGUCGAUGA